AUGGAGAGCCGCGAGAGGGUAUCGGGAGGCUUCGCAAGCGUGGGCGCUAACUCUUCCGCCCCUCGCGGCGAGUCUCACGGCGCGUCUCACGGCGGGUCUCGCGGCAGCGAUUCGAAGAAAUCUAGGAGCGAGUCCAGUGGCGGCAAGGGGCGGAAGGUUCAGAAGCACAAGAAGCAGCGCGAUGUUUUGAAAGACGCCCAAGAAGCACAGGAGCGACUCAGGCGACUCGCGGCCUCUGGCGGGGGCUCGCUGGCCGCCACUGGAUGGGGCGACGAGGCGGGCGACGAGGGGGGCGACGGCGGGGGCUCGCUGACGGCCACGGGAUGGGGUGACGAGGGGGCGGGUGAGUCGUCUGGUGGAGCAGGGUUCGGAGUGGUGGAGAUGGGUGGGGAAGUGUAUGAAGAGCAGGAAAGUGGGCAGUUUGAGGGUUACGGUGUGAGGCAGUAUGGUGGGGAGGCGCAGGGGCAGUAUUGGGCGGAGGAGCAGGGGCGGACUUCGGGGGAAGCGCAGGGGCAAUUUAGGAGGGAGGCGCAGGGGCAGACUUGGGGGGAGGCGCAGGGGCACGGGGGAGGGCGCAGCUGGGGCGCGCAAGGGGAACAGAACUGGGGGAGUGGGGGAAAUGGGUAUGUAGGCGGAGGGGAAGGGUCUGGUUGGGGCGGAAGUGGGGAUGGCCGCGACUGGGGCGGGGGUGAGGGGGAAGGGAGUGGGCGGAGAGGGAGAUGGGGAGGGGGAUGGGAAAAGGGUUGGGGCAGAGGCAAGGGGUGGCGGAGAGGAGGUCGGGGAAGGUGGGGAGACGGUUGGGGGAGGGGACGGGGGCAAGACGAGGAGUAUGGGGGAGGAGGGGGUUAUGGGGUAGGGGAAUAUUGGGAAGGAGGAGGGUACGGGGGAGGAGGGGGGUAUGGGAGGGGAAGAGGUUAUGGAGGCGGAAGGAGGUAUGGGGGCGGGGGGGGGUUUGGGGGCGGAGGGGGGUAUGCGAGAGGAGGUGGGUAUGGGGGCGGAGGGGGGUAUGGGGGAGAAGAAUAUUGGGGAGGAGGAUUCACUAGGGAGAGCGGUGAGCAGCAGGGGUGGCAGGGGCAAGAGGGGACAACACAUGAGGGGGAAGUGCAGGCAGGGGAAGUGCAGGGGCAAUACUAUAGGCGGUGGGAAGAGCAGGGAGGGGGACCGGGGAAUUGGGGAGGAGUGCGGAAUACGGGAAGGGGAAGGGGAUGGAUGGAAGGGCAGCAGCAGCAGUAUUGGGAGGGCCAGAGGCAAAGUCAAGAGCAGGGGGAAGCACAUGGGGAUGGGCAGAGAUGGGAGGGUGAGAGACAGUGGAACGACUGGGGGGAGGGGCAGCAGAGGAGGGGUGGGCGGGGGCAGUUUGAGAGAAGGGGAGAGAAGGUGGGAUGGGGAGGUGAGGAGCGGAGGGGAGGGUGUGAUGGGGAUGGAUGGGAGGGGCAGGGGGAGAGUGGAGGGGAGUGGCAGUGGCAGAAGCAGCAGUGUGAGUCCUCCAUGCCUCAUGCCGAGCCUGAUGCUUCUGGUUCGGGCCGUUUCGAGCCUGGCCCGGGCAGUGGUCCAGCUGGUGCCAGCUGUCACGACGACGUUGGUGUGCUCUCAGCCACGGCAGCAGCAGAGGAAGCAGCUGGGAAGGAUCCGGUUGCUGCUGCUGCUACUGCUGCUGCUGGUGGUCAUGGUGGUGGUGCUGCUGCUGCUGCUGCUGCUGCUGCUGCUGCUGCUGGUCAUGGUGCCAAUGGCCAUCUGCCACGUCACAUCCUGCAGGAAGAGGAGCAGCGGGCGGAUGGGGAAAUUGGCGGGGGGGGAGGGGAAGGGGGAGGGGGAGGGGGUGGGGGAGGGGGAGGUGGGGAAGGGGAUGGGGACGGGCAGGCUGGGGGGACGACCCGAGAGGCCAAGGGGGAAGGUAGGUGGUCCCCGCACCUGCCCCAGCUGAACCUGUCUGGUGAUGCCGGCACCUCCCCCCAGGGUCUAUCGCAGCAGCAGCUGCCCCAGCAGCAGGUGUCUGUGUGUGCGGUGAAGCCGUCACGCAAGGCACAGCGCACAGAGGAGUGGGACUCUGAAGCUGCUGGUCCUGCUGCAGCAGCUGCUGCUGCCCGUGCAACAGUGACUUUUGAGGUGCCUCAAAAGCAGGAAUCUGAAGCUGCUGGUCCUGCUGCAGCAGCUGCUGCUGCCCGUGCAACAGUGACUUUUGAGGUGCCUCAAAAGCAGGACUCUGAAGCUGCUGGUCCUGCUGCAGCAACUGCUGCUGCGCCUGCGACAGAGGCAGGUGGGAGCUUGGCGGAACGGGAUGGGGGGGCAGAGGGGAUUGCAGCUGCUCCAGCAGCAGCAGAUUCCCGGGCGGCGGCAGAUUCCCGGGCGGUGGCAGAUUCCCGGGCGGCAGCAGAUUCUCAGGGUGCAGAUGGCAGGGAUGGUGGUGGGUCUGAAGGAGCAGGGAUCGAGUUUGAAAAAGCUGAGGGGACGACAGGAGGAGGCAACAAGGGAGGGUUUGAUAGCACAGAGGAAGGAGAGGAGGGGGGAGGAGAGGAACGACGGGAGAAGGGAGAGGAGGAGGUAGGGGAGGGGAGAGCGGAAGGAUGGGAGGAGAGGGAGGAGGGGGAGGCAGGGGAAGAACAACGGGUGGAAGAAGGAGAGGAGGCAGGAGGCAAUGGCGCAUACCUUGACCUGCCAUCCAACACGUGUUCUUUCUCGGAUGGCGGCGAGGGCUUUGACUCAGAUGUGGACAGUGAGGAGGAGAUGGAGUCCUUGUUUCUUGACAGCACUCUGGCAGACGACUGGCCGCUCUAUGGCAUGGGCAUGGAGGGCUGGGCGGGCCGCGGAGGGACGUCCACUCAGGUACGCUGGCUUAUUGUGGAGGGACCAGCAAGUGCCCGUUCGUCGCUUCCUUUCCUCCGCGAUCUCGACAGCAACAGUAACAGCUACCAGCGCAAAGGGCUGCAGAAGCAGCUGCAUCACCCGGUGUGUGCGGGUGGCAAGGGCGUGACGGAGUGCUACCCGAGCCCGUUCGCCACGUCCUCCGGGAAUUUGACAGCCUCUCCCCUUCCGAGUGGCACGGCAGCAACAGCUACCGGUGCAAGGGGUGGCAAAACCUUCUCCCCUCCCCCUUUCCCCUCUCCUCCAGCUACCCGAGCCCCUACCAAAGCCCGUUUGCCACUUCCCCCAAGAUUUCGACAGCCUUUCACCCUCCGAGUGGCGCGGCAACAGCAGCAACUACCGGCGAAAGGGCUGGCAAUACCAGCGGCAGCAGCAGCAGAGGCAGAGGCAGUUCAAGUGCCCGGUGUGUGCGGGCCGCAAGGGCGAGACAGAGUGCUACCCGAGCCUGUUCGCCGUUUUCUUCAGGACUUCGACAGCCUCUCCCCUUCCGAGUGGCGCAGCAACAGCAGCAGCUACCAGCGCAAGGGCUGGCAACACCAGCAGCAGAGGCAGAGGCAGUUCAAGUGCCCGGUGUGUGCGGGCGGCAAGGGCGAGACAGAGUGGUGGGACGGCGUGCGGGCGCUGCUGCAGCACUCGCUGACCAUCAGGAGUCGGAGGAUGAAGGAGCACCGCGCGUUUGCUGCUGCCCUCGGGGAGCGGAUGAAGGACAAGGGCGCGGGGCUGGUGAUGCUUGGGGGGGGAGCGGUUGGAGGGGAUGCGGGGGGUGGAAGGGGAGGGGGAGAAAGGGGGAGGGGAGUGGGGAGUGGAGGGGAGGGGUGGAGUGGGGAGGGAGGAGGGAUGAGGAGAUGUGCGGCAGCAACAGUUGUCGCACCAGCAGCAUCACCAUCAGCACCGCUGACAGCGUUAUCAGGGGGAGCAGCAUCGGUGCUUCUGGGGAGUCCCCCGGUGAAUCAGUGGCGGGGGUUUGGGCGGCGCAAGGGCCAAGGGGGGGAAGAGGGGCAACGAAAAUGUGGUGUGGCCGCCUGUGGUGGUGGUGCGCAACACACACCUUUGCCCGGACGAGGAUGGCAUGGUGAGGAUCAAGUAGAGUGGGAUGCGGUGGAAUGUGGUGGGAUGCUAGCGUGGUGUGGCUGCCUGUGGUGGUGGGUGCACAACACACAUCUGUGUCCGGACGAGGAUGGCAUGGUGGGGCACAGAAAGUGGGUGGGCAUGGGCAGUUUGGAGCUCCGCCAACAGUUUCCGGACUGCAACCUGAUCACCAAGGCCAAGAACGCCUAUGGGCCGCAGGGCCAUCGCGGCAUGAGUGUGCUGGUCUUUGAAGCGUCAGUGGAUGGGCUGCUGCAGGCAGAGCAGCUGUGUGAGCUCUUUCAGGCGGACGGCAGGGGGCGGCAGGGCUGGAUCCGCCGGACGGCAACGUCGCUAGUGGACAAAAGCGGCAAGCGGAACCUGUUUGCUUACAUGGCACAGGAGGGUGACGUCGCAGAGUUUAAUAGGCACACCAAAGCGGAUGAAGAGUGUGCAGCUGCUGCAGCUGUAGCAGUGCAGGAUGGGUGGGGAUGCCAAGCAGCUGUAGCAGUGCAGGAUGGGUGGGGAUGCCAAGCAGCUGUAGUGGGCAAAGAUUGCGCUACAGGACAGCAACACACAGAGGAGCAGCAGCGUGAGAGGGAGCAGAAGCAUGCGGAGGAGCAGCAGCAGCCUGGGAAGGAGACGGAGGAGGCUAAGAGUGAGCUUCAGAUGGAGGGGAGAUCGCCAGAAAACGACGAGCAGGGCGUGAGAACGUCUCUAGUGGAGGCUGCAUGUGGGGUGGGCGCGAGUGAGCAAGCUUCUGAGUCAACUGGGAAGGAGCAGGGUGUGCGGGCGCGUCUGGUGGAGGUGGCAUCUGCGGUGGGCGCGAGUGAGCAGGAGGUGCUGUCGCUGUGGCAGACGGCAGUGGAGGCAGAGCAGAGGCACUGGAAUGAGCUGGACGGCCUGGAGGCGGCAUAUGACGUGCAGCAGCAGCAGGUGGAGGGGCGGCUGCAGGGAGAGGAGGGAGGAGAUACGACCAGGGGAGCAAAGGCAGAGAGAGACGACGCUGCUGGUCUUUGGACUGGAAUCAAGCGUCUAGAGGGAAGCUGCCAGGAAGCAGUGGCGUACAGCCGGGAGGUGCAGAGGCUGCAGCAGGAGCACCAGAGCGCCAAGGCAGAGGCCUUCAGGCGCCACAGGGAGGAGGCUCUCGCUCUCGACCGAGCCUUCGAGGCUCGGUGGGCCCAGCUGCUGGCUCGGCAGGAGGCUCGGGUUGGGAUGCCCGAGGCUGAGACAGGGCGUCGCGAGGGGUGGCUUGAUGAAGGCGAAGGUGGGGGAGAAGGGGAGGAGACGGUGUGCGUUGGAGAGGAAAGGUAA